AUUCUUAAUUAUAUGCCUUUUAUUAUGUUGAAGAGGAAACAAAGUCAAUAAAUUAAUUUACGUAAGAAUAAAAAGCAGAUUCUAUUUCAAAAGUGGGAAGAACCUCCCUUGAGCUUUUACAGCUGUAAGUGGAGGAAAUGUCUAUUUAUUGAAGUAAAACAAAAACUGAUUAGAUACGAAGAAUCUAUUUAAGUCCACGACUGCAAAACUAAAUGCCAUAAGCCCAUUAAAAAUCAAAACAUUCGUGAUUUUUUGUUAUCUUCAAGUGGAGAUCACUACAAACGCUCAAAUUCAAGCUUUCCAAUACGUUGGUUCCAGUAAUUUGCGUUUACCGAUUGCGCCUCUAGACGUUAUAAGUACAGUAGCUUGGCUAGUUUCCUUUUAUAUUUGGCGUAUUUAAAUUACCUUAUGGGAAAUUUCCCACGAGACAAUUUAAACAGUCCAGUAAAACAGUUUGGUAAGCAAUCAGGUGUGCACGCGGGUAUUUUCACGAAUCGGAUGGUACAAGAAACCAGAAAAAAAUUGGUCUGCAAGCUGAUAAUGCAAUCCUUUUUUUGCGGUAAAAGUGACGCUCCUCCACUAUUUCUUUGUACUUAUUCCUCACAAGCUCGAGAAAUUUUUUCCAAUUAAAAAAAAUAAUCAAAGAAAGACAAUGAGUUUGGAAAACUAGAUAGCCAGCUCAAUUCACCCUCGAAGAUUGUCUCAGUGCUUGUCGAUUAAACCUGUGUAGCAUUCGCGCUCCACGCGUCAUCGGUGGCGCUGCAAAUUUAUUCGAGAAUGACAGGAACAGUGCUAGACCGGUGGCUGGCUGUUAAGGCCAAGAAGCGCAAGGUCCAAUGCCCGCUCUGAGACAAUGCCUUCUCGGUAGCCCUUUGUGGUCUUCACAAUGUGCAAUCCUAUAACUGGAGGGACAAGCGCCAUAGUGUCCUUGACGUGAUCGCCUACGACCAAUAGCGUUCGCGGUCCAUCAAGCAAAUGAUAAUGCAACUCCAGUGCAAACCACUGCUGCGUCUCGGAAGAUGUUUCGAGGCCGCGGUGGACGAGUCAGGCGCUGCAAUCGCCAAGCCGCUCCUCUUCCAGGGCCAGCAGGCCUUUUGAUGGACUUAGGAGGAAAUGAGGCUUUUCUUUCACCAGAUGUACGUCAAUAGGGAUAUUGUGCAGAUACAGACCGCUUCAGUUCGGUGUCAUCUUCCAGAUGCAAUAACCAGCUAAUCUCAACUGGCAUCUUUGGCAGGACUCGGCAUCGCCGCGCUGAAACUCAGAGAAAGAAGUUAGCCGGAAGAAGGAGAGGAGCAGACAAUACCUCGAGGAUACCGAGGUCGCUACAGCAGCCAGAUCGAGCGAACGCUCGACCACUGCUCCCUUGAGCCAGUAAACUAAGGAGGAGCAGAGUCUUCGUCGUCGGCAGCCUCGACGGCGAAGGCGAAGGCGGAGGCCGCAGUGGUGGCGGCCGGUGCUUCGUCCUUGGCGGCGAGAGGUUCACUAAGCGAUCGCAGAGCCUUGGCGGCUGCCGACACGCUUAUGCUGCAACAAGGCAGCUGCCCGGGCCCAGUGACGCCGCCGGCAGCCAAUUCGAACAACAAUAGCAACAUGUUUCCCCAACAGUACUGCCUGCGGUGGAAGUACCAUCACAACAAUUUGCAGACAAUGUUCACGCAAUUGCUCGAGAGGCAGGCGUACUGCGACGUGACGCUCGCCUGCGAGGGCAAGACCCUCCGAGUCCACAAGGUCGUCCUGUGUUCGUGCAGUACGUACUUCGAUAGUAUCUUGUCGCAGUACGAGGAAAAAGAUCCAAUCGUCAUCAUGCGUGACGUCAAAUUUUCCGACAUCAAGGUACUCGUCGAGUUCAUGUACAAGGGAGAGAUCAACAUCGAGCAUACAAGGCUUUCUUCCCUGCUGAAGACGGCGGAGGACCUGCACAUAAAGGGCCUGGCAGAGGUCAGCUGGCGCAGCGACUCGACGCAGAACGACCUGAGCAACAGCGGCCACAGCCCGGGCUCAGGGCCUCCCGGCGUCGAGACGGUGCUGCGCGAGGGCGGCGAACCGGACGAGCCACCGCCGCCGAAGCAGAGGCGCCGCGGCAGACCGCCCCUCGACGACCCGCCCUCGGCUCAUGACGUCUUCACGCCCAAGAUCACCUGCAUCACCGGCAAUGUAGGCACUGACUGCACGUUAUCUGUUAGCAAGCAAGAGGAGAUGAGCGAAGGCGACCAGAGCUGGGACGACGACAUGAUGGUUCCCGAGAGCAACGAAGCUCCGAUGCCAAUCCUGUCUUACAUGCCGAAAGACGACAGUAUGUCGGACCAGGAGAAAAAAGCGCAACGACUUUCAGCGAACACAGCGACGAACUCGAAUGCCAUGAACCCGCAGGUACCGGAACAGUUCCGCGACGUUAUAAAAAUGAACGACUAUCUGACGACGGGGAGGCGGCAGGAGUUCUGGGAGGAGCCGUUCACGAGGCGCGUCAUGGACGCUAUCAAGAGUAAGGAGCUGGAGAUGAAGACUGCAGCCGAGAUCCUCGGCGUUUCUUACGGCACCCUGUACGGCCGAUACCGCGACAGCUACGGAUGCCUUAAACACCCCUACAGCAAUUUGCGCACGAGCAGAGUUCGAGACUUCUGGUCGGAGCCCGGCCCGGCGGAGAUCUUGGCAAAGCUGCGGCGGAAAGAGAUCACGCUGUUCCGCGCGGCCGAGUUCCUGAACGUGACCGUUCACACGCUCGCCACGUACCUGUCGACGCUCCAGGGUCCGGAUCGCAUCUCGCUGGCGGGUGACCUGAGCGUGGCGGCGGCGGGCGCCGUCGUGCCCAUGGACGUCACGGGCAACAGCGAGAUCGACAACAACGAGAGCAUGAACGACAUCCUGCAGAAGAUCAACGCGAACGUGACCGGCGGCGCGGUCGUGACGGCCGCCGCGCCGGCCACCUCCGCGACGAUAAAGCGCGAGGGCGGCAGCUACUGCGAGCUCCCUGCCCUCGGCGUCGUGCCCAAAGCCGCGAGCAGCGUUCUCGACAACAACCCGGACAUAACGAUCGUCAAGACCGAGGGCAUGCAGCGCAAGCGCGUCGAAUACACCAAGCUCACCGCCACCGAGAACAACAACGCCAAGCUCAUGAGCGGCGGCGCCGUCAGCGAGCUCGGCCAGCCGCAGAUCCACCCAAGCUUGUUGGGGCAGCAGAGCCAGCAGUCACAGCCCCAGCAGCAGAUGGUGACGGCGCAGACGACGGUGCAGCAGCAGCUUCAGCAGCAGCAGCUCCAGCACCACCAGCAGCAGCACCAGCAGAAGCUCGCCGACACGCUGUCGAUCAACAAUGACAUCAGCAAGCCCUAACUGUUCAGGCCGUACUUGGCACCUCCAAACUUCGGCGGUAGCGGCCUCAGAAUCACCAGUGUCCCCGUCGGCGCGCGCUACCCCAACCACCGAAGCAAUUUCAACAACAACCACAGCAGCAGCAACAACAACAACAAUGGCACCACGGACCUCUGCCCACGCACCUUCUACUCCAACGUUUUUGCCAGGUUCUUCGCCAACUGCCAUCUCAAGUAGGGCACGCGGCCUUUUGCAGGUCGCGCGUGGCGCGUGGCAAGAUGCAGUUUUGAACAUUCACAGUUCCUUCGAGAGGGAGAAAGGUUUCGUUGUUGUACGUUGUGCUAGCGUGGGAAGCUGCCUCAACACUUUAGGGUGGAGCGUAGAGCGACAAUACAACUCGAUACUGUAGACGAGCCUUAAAAUUGCCAACGGAGGCUGAUAAUUCGAUACAGAGCCGUUGAACCCAAGUCCGCCAAAUUUACGCGACGUCGCUGCCGAAAUGAAUGUGUCAUGUAUUCCGUCAAAACUGAUAAUACCGCCAUUGAUUUCCUCGUUUGUUAAACGCUCUGCUACCUGCAUUAAUUUAAAUAAGUUAAAUUGUAUAAUCACCGAGGGAUGGAGUCAAAAAUAGAGAAAUAAAUACUCUCUAUUACACUGUACCUUAAAUCGAAAUUGCUCUAAUUUGUUUUUGAUACUAGUGCAACGGAGCUGAUUCUCGUAUGAGAUUGUCGCUCGAGCAGAGCGAGCCUCUUUCACGUGUCUAUCGCACACCGUUUUCCGACUAAGUGCAACUUUAUCGAGAAAGUGCAUCUAAUGGAAGUCGAGUUUCUCUAAUUUAUAACUAACGAAUUCAUCAAAGCGGUAUGAUAAAGUUUCGACAACUGUUGACACACAGCAGAGGUUUUGACGCUUUUAAAAUAAUUUCGGAGUAACGUUUUGGGUGUAGAGAUGGCGAUAAAUAGAGUUUCCCGCGUAAUUGAUGUAAGAUACUGAAACGCAUUUGUUGGGUUUCUGUCCAAACGGUUUAUAUAAACACGAUGAUAUGAGACCGUUGGGAAGCCUUAAGAAAAUAAGAAAAAGAAAAAUAAAAUUAAUUUAAAAAAAGACGCCACGCGAAUGGAAUCAAAUUAAGACUUCGGGUGUCUUGAAGAUCGCGGUUUAACUUUCGAACGGCGAAUACAUAUUUUCUCCCCAAGUAAUCGCGCUCGAACAAAAUAAUUAAAUAAAAGAGAUAUGGGUUUGAAAGCUAAACUGCAAUCAACAGUUCGUCAAAUAAAAUUAUACACGAAAGGAAGAAAUAAGAAGAUAAAUGGAAAUCGAUGACUUAUAUUGCCUAUAAGCGCGUUAGACGGUACAAUUCUAUUUUUCUCUUUUAUAAACAGCGUAGGAUUACUGCACUUAGAUAUUUUAGACAGAACGUUAUUAGGAAUAUACAUGCGCGAGCUUUUUAUAUAGAAAUUUUAAGUGGCUUUUAUUUAAACAAGUAUGAUUAUGAAUCAAGGUUAAGUAGACGACCGAUAGACGAUGAAUUGUCGGAUCAAUGUUAAAGAGACGUUUUUAUUUGAGACACUGCGAAGAAUAACGUCCAUUGUAAAUACUGGUGCAAUAGCGAGACCUAAAAUUAAUCUUAUUUGUCACAAAGUGUUUGAGUACUAUUUUAAACUCUGAAAGAAGUGAAUGAAAUAAACCAAUACGUAUGCCUGCUUUUAUGUUGUGCAAUCGUGUUUAAAUAAAACGAAAAAGCACUUGUCGCGGCAACAAAGGAUAAAUGAGAAAAUUUUAUUGAGGUAAAAAAUUGGAUCGUCGGCAAUGCCUUAAUAAUUCGGAUAUACCAGUGCGCGAUGCGAUUUAGUUUAUUUUUGUUAUAUAACGUGUACAAAAAAGCAAAAAAAAGAAGAUGACGAAGCAUUCGAAAUCAUUAUCUCACAAAUUGAGUUUGUAUACGGCAAAGCAAACAGAGUAAAAAAUAAGAAAGACACGCACGUAAAUACGGUGAAACAAGCAAAGAAAAAUAAGAAUGUUUGAAUUAAAGAAAAUGAUAAGCUGAAAAAAUAAGCCGUAUUCUAGAAUCGUAAAACUUUACUAUACAUUGACUGGAAAUGAGUAUUCCUGUUCGCUGAAGGUAUAACUAAUUAAGAAUCAAGUAUAUAGUAGAGGUAUUCCCAUUGAUAUUUUUGAUGAUGCAAGACUUAGUUGCAUCAGAACAUACAUAAAAAGGGUACUAGUAAAGUAAUCUGAGGAAUUAUAUUAAUAUACUAAUAUAAAUGUGUGUGUCCCGUCUCGAAAGAGAAUAAAAGUUUGUAUUAUGCAUUUUUUGUUACAGCUUAAAGUUGUCUAAUGAGGAAUAACUUGAAAUAAAAUAAUCCGUACACAACCGAAUACACACACACACACACACGUGUAUAACAGUGUAGCGUGGUGAUAAGAAUGUACAUAAAAGAAAAGAAAGUGUAGAUACAAAAUGCAUUUUUCUGUACAUGUUGCGUAUGAGCACUCUAAACAACAGUUUAAUUGUAUAGAAAUCAAAAGUAGCACAAAAAAAAUACAAAAAUGUUGUGUUACAUCAAAUUUCAUAUUUUAUGUGACUGCCUAUUUAUGCUAAGCAUAAUGCUUUUAUCGACAAACAAGAACGAUGUAUUUAUCAUUUGUUUUAAUUGGCUUGAUUUAUUUUAAAGUAAUGCUUUAUUAAUUUUAUUUCUUUCAUCUUAUAUUCCUGAAUAAAUCUUUUGAUUACUUUACAAGGGCUCUCAGUUAUAAUGAUGUAACGAUUAUACUUUUUAUACGAUUGUUCACUUCUCAACAAGUUAUUCGUUAACUUGACACUGGCAAAUAAAAAAUUAAAGAAACACUGUAUAAUGUAGAUCUGCUCAUCGUCACGAAUAAUUUAAAACAUUCGAUAAAACCCAUCUUGUCUCAUCGAAAAACCUGUAUUAAGUAAAUAGUAAGCCUUUCGUUUAAAUAAAAAUAAGACUAAGACAUACCAAAUGAGAAACGUAAGGACAAGUUUUUGUUAGGAUAGUAAUAUCGCAUAUCAAGAGAGCAAGCAAAAACGUAAAAAUAAAAAGUAUUUGCGCUGCAGCACUCUGCAUUGCCUAUGCACGUCUCGGAUGGAGUGAAAACUUAAUCCCGAGAUGCACAAGACCACUCUUACUCUAGCAAGGGUAUACGACUAGAAGUAUUAAUAUUUAAUAUUAAUAAUCUAUAUUAUGCAGACAGUCCACGAUGAUUGGCCAUAUUUUUUAUAUUUUUUCGAACAACCUCGUAUUCUUAUUUUUCGCACGCAUAACGUUUCAUUUGCCAUUUUAUUUUUUUUUUUCGAUUUUUUUACUAUUAUAUCACCCAUGUCAGAUUUUUUAACUUUUCACCCACAAGGAUAGCUCAAAGCGAUAGUCGUACUUUGCUUAGCCUCAUAAGUCUGUUUUAUAUUGUAUUUAUACUUCCUUUCGUUUCGAACAAUAAAGUUUUGACUUUUUUGUUAAGCUAAAAUUAAAUAAAUGUAUGGACGUUGAAGACCAAAUUUCUUUUUAUACAUUCAUUUUUUAAUGAUUAGUUACAUAAUAAGUUUAUUCGAAAGCAUGGAAAAAUUGUAAAUGAAUGCACCUUAAUUAUUUGUAAAAAGAUCCGAUGGUGGAUUUUUAUUGAAAAAAUGUUUUUAUUCGCUUUAAAUAAAUGCCGUAUUUUUUUGUAAAGAUGUAUUUUCAAAAAAUAUAGAUGUAAUGAAAGAAAUCAAGGUUUGUUUUUUUUUAAUCUAUUAAGUUAAACGAACAUUGGUUUUAUUGCUUUGUAAAUGUAUUUUCUAUCUGUCAUCAAUGCGACAAACUUUUUCUCUGGAAAAAUUAAAAAAUUGAAUGUUUUUUUAUUGUCAACAUAUUUAAAACAUCCAAUCCACUCUGUAAAAACGCCAAAGAUGGCCACUCACGAGGACGUCUUUGUAUCAUAAAAAACGCACGCAUUGUUGUAUACUGUUCAGAAAUAGUAUAAAAUAUAAAUGGAAAAAAUGAAUAUAGAAAAAAGAGCGUCGAAUGCGUGUUUGCGUAUAUUACAAAACCAUUGUAUGAAAACAGGACAAGACUAGCCUAUCGGCGAACGAUACGCCACUUGAAUGCGGCUAUCGCACCAUGAGACUAAUAUAUACAUAUAUACACAUAUAUAUAUAUAUAUAUAUAUAUAUAAUGUAUAAUGUAUAUCAUAAUUAUGUGUCGUUUGAUAUAAGCAAGUAAUAAUUAUGUAUAUCAUCGUUUUAUACACAACCUAAGUAUAAACUACGUACACUAUGUACAUUCCUAUAGUAUACACGCUCUCACUCUCGUUACACAUUGCAUUACACACGCGUUAAACGCAUGGACCUAUUAUAUAUAUAUAUAUAUAUAUAUAUAUACAUAACAUACAUACAUAAUAUAUAUUUAUAAUAAUAAUGUAGCUAAUCUGAACGGACCACCAUCGAGAAACACAUCCGUGUAAGCAUCAUCGGUGAUGACAAAUAAAUAAAUUAUAUAAAUAAAUAAAAAUGCGUUACGCGUUACAAUCGGUCAUGGGCAAACGAAAUAUGUUAUACUUCAGAACAAAUAUGCAGAAUGGAAAAAUUGUAUCACAUGUGAAAAUGCGCAAUGAAAGUAUCUUUUUCAAUGUAUGAGGAUGGUUGUCAAAAAUUACCCAAGCAUUGUUUAUUCUGAUCAAAUGUGAAAAGAAUAAAACGUUAUUGUUAUUUAUAAAAAAAAUGUUUACCAAUACACUUUUCCUUAAAGUACAAACCUAAAAAGACAAUUUUAUAUCUUCAUGCAUUGAGCCACUGUCAUCAUGCCAUUAUUUUGUGAAGUAAUAAGUUUUUGCAUAAUUCCAUACAAAGUGCAAUGCUCUACUUUGCCCAUGACUGACUUGACCGAACUUGCAGAGAACCAACAGCCCGCAAAAUGUUUUACCGCUGAUCAAGCGUCUCUCUUUCUCAAUCUUUAACUAUAUCUUGUUCACCCACCCACAGGAUUAUAAUAUAUCGAGUCAGUGUAUAAAGUUACAUUUAAUGCCGUGUGAAUAAAGUGCAGCCAUCACUUAUAUAGAACAAAUGUCAUUCAUCCUUUCAGUUGUAAAGAGUUUAUAGUAUUGCAACGACUUGAAGAUAGAAGGGACUCGACUGACUUCUAUUUGCAACAAAGUAUAACGAUAGGGAUGAACAGUGUAAGCAAUAAAUAAGCAAGAGUUAUUAAUAGUAAAAGAUAAAGAAAAUGUUAAUGUGGUAUGCUCAUCGUUAUUGAACUGUACAUGCAACCUAGAAAGGAAUAUUCACAAAAAAGAUGCAAGAAUCAAAAACAACCGACGUAUCUUUAAUAGAAUUUAAGUAACAAUUUUAAUUUGAAACUAUUGUUUGAAACAAAGUUAAGAAAAUCUAAUUUUUUUACUCAGUUUUCAUAAAGUUUUUGCAGUUUUUAACAACUAUGAAGCAUUGAAUGCAUCAGAGUCAAAUUUUACUUGCUUUUAUUAUCUUUACAAAUCAUAAUGAUUUUAAGGCGUAUGAUCGUAAAAAUACAACAAGGUUCAAGAAAAGCAAGUAAAAUAAAGCAAAGUUACAUUAUAUAUUAAACCAUAAAAGAAGAGGAUAACUAUGAAAACUAUAAAAAUUGUGUAAAUAAAGAAGAUUUUAAUGUGUGUAGUGAUAAAUCUGCUCUUCCAUGCAGAUAAUAUAAUUUUGUUAGAGUCAGUCGAGUUUCCUAUUAUCUUGCAAACAGAACAAGAUCAAAGUAAUUAUUCGCGUACAUGUGCCAGAUUUUGGAUUUGAUGCAUAACACUUGCGAGUCUAUUUCCUAAUGUCAAAAUUAAUGUACAAUUAUUUGCAGUGAAGGUUUCUAAAGGCAGUUUAUAAAGGAAAACGACAUGUGAAUAUUUGGAAUUGUUGAUCGUUAUGUAAAAUAGAAAAUGUGAUUUCACCGAUGAGCGAUAAUCACAAUACAUCUUUUCACUACUAGCAUCCCAAGUACUUUACGAGACUCUGUACCAUUUUCUCCGUAGCUCCCUUUCCAUCUUUCUCUCCUUUUCAAUUAGUCUGAUGGUUCGAAACUUGUCUAUAUUAUCGCAAGUGUUGACACACAAGGUACUCGACAAACUUUGAAGUGUCAUUGUUUAGCCAAAGUUAGAGUGUUUAUCCUUAUUUUUUCCUUGUACUCACGACACAUGUAUGCACAAUUAAUUAUUUACUUUUAAACAUUAGACCUUUUUAUAAUUUAUCUGAUAUAUACGUUAUCAUUAUUAUUUUAUUAUUAUUACUACUGUACCACUACUACUGCUAUUAUUACGUUAUUAUUAUCAUAAUUAUUAUUAUUCGUAUUAUUGUUAGUUCGGUGGUAAUUUUUGAAUAAUAGAACAAUAUAUAUAUAUAUAUAUAUAUAUAUAUUGAUAAAUAUAUGAUUAAGAUCGCAAUUAGAGAUUGGAUUAAAAUGCGUAUAGCAUUCUAGAAGAAUGAUAGAAGGAAUUUUCAUGAAAUGCAUUGAAAAAGCUUUUUUCAAAAGGGUCGAGAGAAGGUCACAAAAGUAGAUGCGAUAUCGCGCUUUGGUAAAGUAAUUCCACGCGCGAUUGGGCUGCUUCGCAGAGAGUAUUCAGUGAAUUGAACAAAAGAAGAUCAGUACGUGUAAAUGUUUGUAAACAAAUUAUGAAACAUUAUUUGUUCAGUGCCUACAUAUUUACACAGUAAUAAUAAAGAUGAAGAAUAGUGAA